AUGAAGAAAUAUUUUAAUAACAGAACCAAGGAGUCUAACUCUGAAAAAUCAAGCAUUUUCUCAGAUUCCUAUAUGUUCUCAAAUCCCAAACCUUUCUCGUGUUCUGAAGGUGGAAAAUGUUUUGGGCGACAUUCAAAUCUUGUCAAUCAUCAGACUACACACACAGGAAAGAAACCGUUCUCAUGUUCUGAAUGUGGAAAAUGUUAUAGGCGACAUUUACAUCUUGUCUGUCAUCAGAGAACACACACAGGAGAGAAGCUUUUCUUAUGUAGUAUAUGUGGGAAAUGUUUUGUCAUCAAAAAGCAGCUUGUUCGUCAUCAGAGAACUCACCUAGGAGAGAAACCGUUCUCAUGUUCUGAAUGUGAAAAAUGUUUUGUCACAAAUGCAGAGCUUGUCAGUCAUCAGAGAACGCACACAGGAGAGAAACCGUUCUCAUGUUCUGAAUGUGAAAAAUGUUUUGGCAGAAAUGCAGAUCUUGUCAGUCAUCAGAGAACGCACACAGGAGAGAAACCGUUCUUAUGUUCUGAAUGUGGAAAAUAUUUUCGGCACCGUUCAACUCUUGUCAGUCAUCAGAGAACUCACACAGGAGAGAAAACAUUCUCAUGUUCCGUAUGUGGAGAUUGUUUUGGGCAAUAUUCAACUCUUGUCAAUCAUCAGCAAACUCACCUAGGAGAGAAACCGUUCUCAAGUUCUGAAUGUGAAAAAUGUUUUGUCAUAAAUAAUGCAGAUCUUGUCAGUCAUCAGAGAACUCACACAGGAGAGAAACCAUUCUCAUGUUCUGAAUGUGAAAAAUGUUUUCGGCACCGUUCAACUCUUGUCAGUCAUCAGAGAACUCACACAGGAGAGAAACCAUUCUCAUGUUCUGAAUGUGGAAAAUGUUUUCGGCACCGUUCAACUCUUGUCAAUCAUCAGAGAACUCACACAGGAGAGAAACCAUUCUCAUGUUCCAUAUGUGGAAAUUGUUAUGGGCAAUAUUCAUAUCUUGUCACUCAUCAGAAAACUCACACAGGAGAGAAACCGUACUCAUGUUCUGAAUGUAAAAAAUGUUUUAGCACAAAUGCAGCGCUUGUUCGGCAUCAGCGAACUCACACAGGAGAGAAACCGUUCUCAUGUUCUGAAUGUGGAAAAUAUUUUGGGCAACAUUCACAUCUUGUCACUCAUCAGAAAACUCACACAGGAGAGAAACCAUACUCAUGUUCUGAAUGUAAAAAAUGUUUUGUCAGAAAUGCAGAUCUUGUCAGUCAUCAGAGAACUCACACAGGAGAGAAACCGUUCUCAUGUUCUGAAUGUGAAAAAUGUUUUGUCACAAAUGCAGAUCUUGUCAGUCAUCAGAGAACACACACAGGAGAGAAGCCUUUUUUAUGUUGUAUAUGUGGGAAAUGUUUUGCUAGUAAAUCAGAGCUUGUCAGUCAUCAAAGAACUCACACAGGUGAGGUGAUUUUAUAA